AUGGACCCCCUUCUGCUGGAGUUGGCGAAGCUGCAGAAGGAUGGGAAUUUGAAACAGAGCAUCGAAGAUGUAGACAAGAUCAUUGAGCAGCUUGAGAAAGCGAGAGAGACCAUAGUUGCUGAUCCAAACUCUGCCUCUUUUACUCUUGCGAAACUCCAAAAUCCGCUGAAGCAUGGCUUCGACAAAGUCAACGACGAUCUCAAGAAGGUGCACAGAGGGCAUAAUGCAUACAGCAAAGCUCUGGACAAGAACUUUCCCGUCAAAGCUCUCCCCACCGACUACGAUGCCCUGGCCUCCCAUCCAUCACUCAUAAACCGAGCCAUAGCAAUGCACCUAUUACGAGAAGGCCAAUUUUCCGUCGCCUCAACCUUCCUCACCGAAGCUCUCUCCAACCCACCAAGUCCUUCACCCACACCCGGGACACCCAACCCGAAUCCCAAUAAUGACAGCACCUCCCUCAGCACCCUCAAAUCCCAAGAGCUGCAAGAGAAAUUUUCAAACAUGUACCAAAUCCUCUACGAACUGAAAUCCCGAAAUCUACACCCAGCCAUCGAAUGGGCACGGCAAAACAGCACCGAGCUGGAAAACCGGGGUUCAAAUCUCGAGUUCGAACUCUCAAAGCUCCAAUACAUAUGGCUCUUCUUAGGAUCCUCAGUAAACGGUCUCCCAGAUGACGAAAACAACGGUUUCUUUGGCGCCCUAAGAUACGCCCGCAACAAUUUCCCACGGCAUAAACAUGUCAGAUAUCUAAAAGAUUGCCAACAACUCACAACAGCAAUUCUCUACCGCAGUAAUCUAAAGGACUCCCCUUACCAUAGACUUUUCAACACAGAAACAGCUUGGGACGAAAUCGCCACCUCCUUCACUCGCGAAUUCUGCUCUCUCCUCGGCCUCUCACCCUCUAGUCCCCUCUACCUCGCCACCACAGCCGGAGCAAUCGCGCUCCCCACGCUCCUAAAACUAGCCACCAUCCAAAAAGAAAAACGCACAGAAUGGACAACCCAGAACGAGUUACCAGUCGAAAUCGCCCUACCGAGGAGUUUCAUAUUCCACGCCAUUUUCGUGUGUCCAGUCAGCAAAGAGCAAACCACGGAAGCGAACCCGCCGAUGAUGAUGCCGUGCGGACAUGUGGUUGCGCGGGAGAGCCUCGGGAGACUGAGUAAAGGGGGCAGGUUCAAGUGUCCGUAUUGUCCGAGUGAGAGUUUGAUGAAGGAUGCUAGGGAGGUGGUCUUGUAG